GCUGUCUCUCUCUUGAAAUAGUCCUCCUCUCCCUCUUCUCUCUCAUUCUCUCUCACACACUGACGCACGCACGUUUGCGCGUUUCUAUUUUUCGUUCUUUUCUCUCUCCAGACGAUCAGCAAUGGAUCGGAGGGGGAGGGGAGGGCGAAAUGGUGGAAACACGAGGACAACAGAUGAUCAUUAGGGGAUCCAUCAUAUCUUGGUUUAAUUCUUUGUAGGGUUUGGAAUUAUAAUCUUGCAAGGGGUUGUUUGGAUUUUGAUGUCUGAGUAUGGGCAACUGCAUUCAGAAGACCAACAGAGUCGUGUUAGGAUUUGAUCACUCAUCUGGAAAUGUGUCUCAAAAAUUCUCCCGCGGCCAGAAGAAAGACAACAAUUAUGAGAAAGGGAAUUUGGCUGAGUGGCAGAAACAAAAGGGAUUUGGGAAUGUUAAGAAAACUAUGAAUCCACCUCAAACACCUUCAGUCUCAGGAUGCCUGGAAAACAGUCACCCCAAGAGCCACCCUUUGCCCACUCCAAAUCCCAUAUCAAACACAUGUCAUCGUGGGCAUAAGAAGCAGCCCAGUUUCUUGCCAUUGCCCAAGCCAGAAGCUCCUCCUUCGAAACACGAAGAAUCAUCGAGUAUCGGGACAUUACAACCAGCAGAGCCGUCCUUGUCCCUAUACUCGUCCUCGUUCUCCUGCAUCCUGCCGAUGCCAAUGUCAGAAAGUGAAAUACUGUCGUCACCGUACCUCAAGGCUUUCUCGUUGGACGAACUGAGGAAGGCGACCGCCAACUUCUGCGAGAACAGUCUGCUUGGAGAGGGCGGGUUUGGGUGUGUUUACAAAGGAUGGUUGGAUGUGGAGACCCUCACUGCUGCAAGACCUGGAUCAGGCAUGCCUGUUGCUAUCAAGAAGUUGAUACAUUCUGGAUUCCAAGGUCACAAUGAGUGGUUGUCAGAGGUGAACUAUCUAGGUCGACUUCGCCAUCAAAACCUAGUCAAACUCUUCGGCUACUGCUUAGACGGUGAGGAUCGAAUCCUGGUUUAUGAAUUUAUGCCCGGAGGCAGCUUGGAGAAGCACUUAUUCAAAAGAAAUUCUCCAUCUCUGUCGUGGGCAAGAAGGAUUAAGGUGGCUGUGGGUGCAGCUCGAGGGUUAUGUUUCUUGCACGAAUCGAAGUCGCCAGUCAUAUAUCGCGAUUUUAAGACUUCAAAUAUUUUGUUAGAUACUGAAUUUAACGCAAAGCUUUCAGAUUUUGGACUGGCAAAAGCUGGCCCGACAACUGAGGCUCAGACUCAUGUUACUACAAGAGUAAUGGGCACUGAGGGCUAUUGUGAUCCACGUUAUCUUACCACAGGUAAAUUAAGCGUAAAGUGCGAUGUAUACAGCUUCGGGGUAGUGUUGCUAGAGCUGCUGACAGGGCGUCGGGCGAUCGACGAAACAAAGUGCGAAGAGGAGAAGAACCUGGUGAAUUGGGUAAGGCUUCAUGUUCUUGACAAUGGGAAGGUAUUUAGGAUUAUGGACACUAAGUUAGAGGGACAGUACUGUAAGAAAAGUGCUUAUGUUGCUGCCAAUAUUGCACUGCGUUGUGUUAAUCAUGAGCAGAAAUACCGACCCCCUAUGACUUACAUUUUGGAAAUUCUAGAAAACCUUCCCUCUAACAAAAACCUUAAUAUUUAUUGAUCAUUAAUUAUUUCUAGCUAGUUUUUUAUUUUCAUACAUAAAUUAAUUUUGCCCCUCUCCCUCUCUCUAUUUAUAUUUGUAUAUAUGAUUUCAAAUGUUUUUGGAGCAUGUAUAAUAGAGACCCGAUCGAAUUAAAUGUCAACAAGAAAAUUUCUCGAUAUGCACAUCGUGCAAUGUGCAUAAUCAUGAUA